AUGAAAAAGAACCAGACGAUGCAGGGGACCUUCAGCAAACUCUUUGGGAAGAAGCACGCCAACCCUGCCACCACGUCCCUCUACGCCACCAACCCACCCUGGAUUUUCACCCAAGAGGCCCAGGAGGAGGGGACCAGGGACUUUGAUGGCAUCUAUUAUGGAGACAGUAGAUUCGACACUGUGAGCGAAUCCGGAACAGCUACGCUGAAAGCCCGGCCCCGAGUCCGGCCCCUGCUGACCUUUCUUCCCUUGAAUGCCCAGGAGACCCACGGGCUGGCUGUGCCCACCCCCUCAGUCCCGGAGGGCUUUGCAGGCAAAGAAGUAGAAGGUACCAGCUCACUGGUGAACGGCAACCUCCGACUGUACAGCUCUGUGGGCGACCUGAGGCCUGUACACUAUGACCUCGACUCAUCCAUCCCCCCACCUCCCCCAGGCCCAGCCCCAGGGCCACCCCAGGACACUUCACAGCCUCCAGGGGAGUCUCCUCCACCACCACCUCCGUCGGUCCCUCCUCCUCCCCCUCCCCUUCUGGUGGAACCCCCACCCCCACCCAGUACAGCCCCACCUCCACCCCCAGUAUUGGACACUUUAUCUCCCUCAGCUACCCUCUCCCCACCAUCGACACCUACCCCUCCAGACUUCAUCCCCCCCGCUCCACCCUCAGCUUUCCUAAACCCCCCUCCGCCUUCUUUGCCAGCCCCAGGACCCCCGACCCCAGUCUCUCCUCAUGCAACUGGAACACGUAUUAUCAAGUGGAAAUCAGAAGUAGCACUCAAUGGCAGGCAGCCAGAAGACCCCAGAACCAGCCCCCCCAAAAGCCCUGCUGAACUGAAGGGGAGCUACCUAGGGCCUAGCCCCGAAUCCCACCUCACCUUCCCCAGGUCAUUCAAGGUGCCUCCCCCAACUCCAGUCAGGACCUCAUCUAUCCCGGUUCAGGAAGCACCAGGGGCUUCCCCAGAAGAGGAGGAAGCCAGCCAGAAGGCCUCGACACACCUCCCCCUGCCUCCCAGCUUCAACAUCCGCCCUGCAUCUCAAGUUUAUCCAGACAGGGCCCCAGAGCCAGAGCACCCCAGAGAGCCCAGGCUUGAGACAUCAGGCAGCCCAAGGCUCAGGCAGUCUGAACCCCAGACCAAUGGACAAGCUGGAGUUCCACCUCCAGCCCCUCCCCUGCCCCCAGCUGCUCCCCCACUCCCUCCACCAGCACCCUCUCUGCCCCCAGCUGCUCCCCCACUCCCUCCACCAGCCCCUCCCCUGCCUCCAGCUGCUCCCCCACUCCCUCCACCAGCCCCUCCCCUGCCUCUAGCUGCUCCCCCACUCCCUCCACCAGCACCCUCUCUGCCCCCAGCUCCUCCUUUGCCUUCUACUGAGCAAGCAGCCCCUCCAUCUUCUGGACUUAUGAAGACCCCCAAGUCCAGCUCACCUACUCUCCACGCCAAACCCAACCCCCCGACUCUGGAGGACACAGACUCGUCAGAACCAGUUGACUGGAGAGACCCCAGGCAGAUGGAAAAACUUCGAAGCGAGUUGGCAGCCUAUCUCUGUGGGUCCAGGAAAGAGGAUCGGUCACUCAGCCACAGGUCAGUCCCUCCAGUGGCCUUGAAGGACAAGGAGAGCAAGAAGGGGCCCAGCCUAUCAGAGGAGACAGCUCCUCCAAGCCUGCCCGAGAAGACACACCCAUGUGGUCCUGUGAAGAGCCCCUCCAGCAGCAGCCUACCAGAGAGAGAAGCCACCAGCAGCCUGACCCUACCCCCUGUGGACUACAUCCCCCAGGGUACUCCAGCCCCCAGUGUCAGGCAGAUCCGGAAUGAGCUAGAGGCUCGCUUUGCCUCCUCAGCGGAGAAAGAGGCCAAGCCCAGCAUGGGAUCUCUGCCACCCAAACCCCGGCUGGAAGCGGGGAGAAUCUUUGAAAACGGCCCUGAGAGUGGCAGAUUCCAUAAGCCUGUCACCAAGAAUCCACCCCAGCUGUCGACGACACUCCAGUCCAAGCUUACACCUGGUCCAGCAGCCCCACCCAAGGCCACAACUGGGCCAGCCACACCAUUCAAGCCUGCGCCCGGGCAGGCCAUACUGCCUAAGACCACACCUGGGCCGGCCUUGCCAAUCAAGCCUACACCUGAGCAGACCACAUCACCCAAGGACACAGUUGGGUGGGCCACAGCACCCAAGGACACAGUUGGGCAGGCCACAGCACCCAAGGACCCACCAGGGCAGGUCACACCACCCAAGGACACACCUGGGCAGGUCACACCACCCAAGGACACACCUGAGCUGUCCAUCCCAUCAUCUCAGCUGAUUGCCAAGAAGGACCUUGUCCCAGUGAGGCAGAGAGAAAAGCCAGAAUCUCAAGAAAAUGCAGUGGCCACCCAACUGUCCACAAAUGGAGCGCUCUCACCUCCAGCCCUCCCGCCAAAGAAGUCCACUGGUGGAGAGGAGGUACCAUUUCUCUACAGACCCCAUCGCAGCCAGAACAGCCACAGCCGAGGGGUUGCCGUGGUAAUUCCCACUCGGGCCAGAGGGGAGGCCACAGGCUCCGGGGGACACGCGGAUGAAAAGGAGCCGGAAAGCCAUCCAGCCAAACCUCUCACCCCAGUCCAGCCUGCCGACCAACUCCUCAGACACCCGGUGACUGGGGAGGUGGUAGAGCGGGGCUCCCCAAUGGCCCUGCUCCUCGCAGCCAGACAGAGGGCACAGAAGACCAGGCCUGGAGGGCCUGCGAUGGGACUGGGCCGGUCCUCUCUGCCAGGGAGUCUCCGUGACCAUAGCAACCAAACAGAGGCCGGCUCUGACAGCAUCUUUUACCGAGGUAGCCGGCCCAACUCCUUCCUCGUGGUCCCUAAGGUACCCAGCGAGACAGAGGGCUCCCACCUGACCUCAGCACGGCCCGCUGGACCCAGUCAGUGGAAGCCCCAGCAGGGGCGAGACACACAGGGCCCAGAGCCAACCCAUAGGCAUGCGUGGACCAAGGCCGAGUCCCCGACCGCUGUGGCCCGGGAAAGACCCGCUCCCUCAGGCUUGCCCCCGAGCCGCGCCCUCCCCAAAUCCUUCUCUUCUCCGCCCUCUCCUUCCUACAAGAGGGAAGAGGAAGAAGAGGAGUUCAGCUUCGAUAUCAUUCCGCCGCCGCCAGAGUUCAGCAACGACCCUGAGCCCCCCGCCCCCGGGCUGCAGCAUCAGGGCCGUCGCGGGUCCCCACCCAGGAACCACUUCUCGGACCUGGGGCAGCCCCUGGACGCGGGCCCCGGGGCCAAUGCGGCUCGCGGCUUCUCGCGCUUUCCCGGCGGCGCCCAAUACCCCGGGCUCGGGGGCCUGGAUCGCUUCUCCGGCAGCGGACGCUCGCUCAUCAAGAAACGCCUGUACGUCGGGGAGCCCCACCGCAACCCCGGGACGCCCCGCGGCGCCACUGGCCGCAGCCUGAGCUCCCCUAACUGCUUCGGGCCGCAGCCCGGAGGCCCCGAGAUGCGACGGGUCAACUCGGCGGGCCGCGGGGCCCCCGGAGGCCUGCACGCGCGGAGGCUGUCGCUGGAGGGCGCCCGAGGCGCAGCCGAGGUCAAGUACAAGGCGCCGGGCGGCGGAGCCGGUGGUGGCAGCAGCAAAGCCGGCGACUAUGGCUUCGUCCCAGCCAAAGGCAGCAGGUCUCCCCACGGCACCACCCACUACGGAAAUCCCAUCAAUACGUUCACCGUGAGGCCAGGGACGCGCCAUCCCAUCUCCUACGCCUACCCUGGAACCCAUCGGAAAGCCACCUCCUGAGCAGUGGGCCACUCGGCUGACUUCUAGGGGUUGGAUUCGGGCAGUUGUUUUGUGGGGGGUGGGAGGUCGCACCAGGUAUUAUAGGUCCCGGCUCACACCACUGAGAGCCUUUGCUCUGGAAGACAGACACAGACAGGCCGAUGUGUGAGUGGCCUGUGGAAGAUGGAAACAUGUCUGCUUCUUCCGAAAGCACCGAGGGACAGCUUGGCUAUGUACUGUUGGCGGAUAGGGAUGGGAGGGGGAAGGAGGAGCUUUCUGGGCCCGCGCCCUGUUUCUGCUAUCUGGUACUGUCCGCUUUAGCAAGGUUUAUUGAAACCAGUUGACACGCAGGUUCUAAAAGAAGAGCUGGGCCUCAAGGCUGAAUUGAAACCCGUGGGGGUGACAGUUCGCCUGUCAGAGCCUCACAAUGUGAGGGCCCCGCCCCCAACAGGUAAUAGCUAGCUGGUCUUCUUGGGCACUUGGAAUAGAUCAAGACUGCUUGCAUAACACAGAGAGGUCUCUACAACAGUGCCUUAUGCACUGGCCUUCUCCUUGGCCUUGGCUCUUAACCGUGAGAAGGCCUUGAGAGAGCUUGGGAUGGGACAUGCUUUUCCAUCCAGGCCCUGAUUCAGUCCUGAUUCAGGGGGUGGGCCCAAGGAGCCACAAGGUCCAGGGAGUGUGCUGCCAACAUGGAGAUGGGUCUUGGAAAGUCAAGAGUAGUGUGCAGAGGCCAGUUCAGAGCAAGGGAGACCAUUUGUCCUUUGCCUGGGCAGUCCAGGGUUAUACUAGUGAGUUGGAAUAUAUACAUACAUAUAUAUAUAUAUAUAUAUAUAUAUAUAUAUAUAUAUAUAUAUAUAUCUCCUCUUUUGUGUGUUAUGUCAAAUAUAUCAGGGACAAUAAUUGUUCAGGUGAAGACUGACUGGAUUCCUGGGACCAGGUCAAGGCAGAAGAGAAAGGAAGAGCAGAGGAGUGGUCCAUCUCAUAUGACAGCAGGCAGACAUGAGGAAGCUCCCCGAGGGAGCAGGAUGUUGGGCCUCUGUGAUCUGUGGUACUAACUGAAGUACGAGGUAGUUGGGACAAUAGGUGAACCACCCAGGUGGCUCAGACAGGGUGACAGAUCCACUGUGUUCAUGAAGCCACGCCCAUCAACAGCACUGGCCUAUAACUGUUCCCCUAAGCCGAGUUUUAGGAAAGAGUCUGCUAAUUCAAUGGCAGUAUCAAGGCUUGAGGAGUGGGGUGUGGCCUCCCAGUUAUGGAGUGCUCUGGGGUGGGUGGGGAGGGGCUUGGUCUCACUUGGCAUGGCAAAUAAACAUCCAGUUUGGACUGGC